AUGCACGUGUAUAUGAUUCCGAGACGUUUUGCAGAUACAAUCCAGCAGAUUGCCUCAAGGCCCGUGGGCAAGCUUAAAAAAAUUCAGUCACCAGCAGCCAAUCCAAGAUUUUUAAGGGCUAAAGAAGCCAAGACAGAUGACGUGAGUAAACCUCACCAUUCCACUCAUGAUCCGCGCUCUAUGAUUGCCAAGACUGUUACUGAGAAUCGUUUUUUAUGGUAUUCUGACAAGGGAGAUUCAAUUUUUAUUCUGUGCAAGGAUGUGAUUCAGAUGUAUCAUACAGUACUGAGACAAUCGAAGCUACCUGAAGAAGCGAGGCUUCGCGCGAAAAGACGUCGACGUGGCUGGAGGACAGCCUUGUUUCAAAUAGCUUACAUCCUCUCAAGAUGUUGCGCCAUCCAAGCAUGCCAUCUGCAUGGUCCCAACUUAAAUAACCUGCUUUUGAAUAGAAAUCAGACACAUGUAGCGAUUUCUAGGGUGUUAAGUGUGGUUAUGUCCCCUAAUUGGAUCGCAGUGCGCAAAUUUACACGAGUAAGAAGCAACGUCGCAAACACAAAUUCAUACGUGGCAGCUCGUUUCCACACAAGAUCGUUACAACUCGGAGGAUCACAUAUCAUCCCUGAAGUCGGAACUGGGUCAAUCAGGAUUAGCCAUCAACACUCAAAAGAGCACAGGUAUAUCCAAGAUCCCAACCCAUCUGGAUUGUCUCGAAGUGAUACUGUCCGUGCUGAAGCAAUCGAGAGGAUGGUUGACACAUCGUGGUUGUCUUCCAAACGACAGGCGGCCGGCUGA